UUCACAGGUUAAUGAGCCAUCAGUGUUUUACUCCACACGCCUGAGGACUAGUCGGAGCUCUGACUCAUUUCUACUGACGGGAAGUCUGACAGGAAAUCGACUUAAAGGGAAAAAUAGCUCCGAUGUCAAAACACGCAGUUGUUGAGGCUUUUAAUCCUUUUUGCCAAAUGUGGGGAAGUUGAGGUUUAAUUCGUUUAAUUCUGGCAGCCGGUCGCUGAGGAGGAAGUCCAAACUGAUCGUCAAUCAGAACCCCUUCAAAGGCCUCAGCCAUGCUGACGAAUGGUGCGUUCACGGCCCUGAUUCUGAUCUGCGGGCAUUUGUCUGACGCCGUUCCACCUCCAUCAAAUGUGAUUGUGAAAUGCAAAAACCUGAAUACCAUAGUUAGCUGGGAUUACAGUAAAGAUCAACCUCAAACCAUUUUCUGGGUAAAAAUCACUGGAAAAAGAGCUGCAGGGUCUUUUGAAGCGAACACAACAGCCCACCAGUACGACCUCACCCAGUUUGUGUGGAGCUCCAGGGAACACUACCUGUCGUCCCUGGGUGUUGACGUAACAGCCGUCCAAGGAGGCGAACAGUCUGAAGCCGUGCAGUCAAAGUCCUUCUCCUUCGACCGUUUAGAAACAGUUGAUAAGAAAUGUUCGUUGGAUUUUCCUCCUGUGAAGGUGCACAAGACUGAAAGUGGGGCUUCUGUGACGUUCGAAAAUCCCCUCCGUUUCUACGUCGAAUUGAAUGGGAAUCUCACACACAACAGUAAAGCUGAUCUCCUUUACUAUGUUUCGUCAUCUGAAAAAACUUUAACCAAGUCAUGCAGCGCAUCAGAGGAAACCUGCGAAUGCGACGUGACGGAGGAGUGCGUCACCUUAAAGGGCUACCUGCUGUUUGGAAACUUGGGUAAUGAGCAAAUAGAGUUCAAAGAGACGAAGGAAUACUGCUCUGAAAAACAAGGUAAAGAAUUUGAUGGACUGGUAAUGUUUGCCAUCAUCCUGGGGUCCAUUUUCCUCAUCAUAAUCAUCGUAGCAGUAGCCGUCAUCUUUAAGGUGGAGGCCUGGACCAUGAAGAUACCAAUGCCAAAAAUCACGAUGGAUUCACACGGAAACGGCACACAGCAGAGUUUCUUUACCCUGCCUGUGAAUCCAGAGAACAGUAGAGUCUCCAUCGUCUCUCCGCCUGUCGAGACGACUUCGCUCUUCUCAGAGGACGAGAACUUCUGUGAGCAACCGGAACCGAACGACGGCGGCGGUGAUUAUGACUGUCGGGCCGAGGGAAACUACGCGGAUGGAGGCUGUUUGGAGGAGAGCAACCAGAACCUGGACCGUUUCGUGUCGGGGGCAAACGGGACGGACGACGACUCUCCAGACUGCUCCAUGAAGACGGAGUGCGUUUCCUUAUCGUCCGUGGAAGAGGAAAGGUUGCCGUAUGACCGGCCACAUGUACACAACCAGAGGGACCUGGGCGACGGAGAGCCGGUCAUUGGUUACGGUGGGAACUAGAAGGAACAGCUACUGGGACUUUUUCCUUUUUAAUUGGUGCUUCAACAGCAAGCCUCACAUGUACCUCUGGGAAUGUAAAGGGACAGCGAUGUUUGGGACAUCGAUGCACUCUUAAAGUGACGGGAAGAAAAUCCAUUUUUCCAUCCAUGACCUCAUAGUGGAGACGCAUCAGAAUGAGGACGCCGCCUUUCUGGAUGCUUCCUGAAGCAUUUUAACAGGUGCAAUAGAAAAGCUGUACUAAACAACUUUUAAUGAAAAAAAAAACUUUACAUAUUUGAGUUGACAGUAUAGUAAGAGAAGGAUGAUCUGUGAAAAAAAACAACCCUCCUCUACCUUCCUACUAGAUAUAGCCAAUCAGAGCUAGGAGGCGGGUCUUAGCGCUGUCAAUCAUGGCUGUGUGCAGUAAAGCCUUUUGUGAAUGCUAAGGCUAGUUGGCAUGGGAAGCAAUAACUUUGGAUAACCAGUUUUCCUCUAACAGUGAGUCAUUUCUUUACCACCAGGAUGAUUGACAGCACUAAGACCCUCCUCCUGGCUCUGAUUGGCUAUUUUUGACAAGGAGUUGUAAAUCUCUUCACAGAUUCUCCCACAUGCUGACAGUUUUAAUAUGUAAAAAACAUUUAGUAAAAGUUGCACUCUGCGGCUUUAAAGCAUCUUUCUUUAGGGAUUAUUCUGACUAGAAUCAUCCCUGAUUAGAGAGCCGGCACAUGGCCACUCAAUCUUCAGUGAAAGGUUUUGACUAUUUGCGCUGAUUAGUCUGCCAAAACUUCAACUUUAACCUCAUUUAAUGUUUUAUUACCUGAUCAAACUAAACGGCAGCCAGCAUGUGAAACAGUCGCACCUAAGAUGACUACGAUGGAAACUAUUCGACUUGUAAAACUGGCUUCAGAAGUUUUUUAUAGACGUUUAUGUCACUGAAGGAUUGUUUCUCUUUUCUCGAGAGCUGCUGUUUUAAGUUAAUAUUUUAAUAAAUGUGUGAAUGUUAAUUUUAUCUUCGCUGCGCUCAAAGUGAAUGCAGUCUCCUGCUUUUGUAGAACAGGUUUUUUUUCCAUCCUUGUUUGCAUGAGAUGGAGGAAGGUCAACAUGUUGCUCAACCAGAUCUCCCAGCUCUGAAGGCAGGUCAACUCCACAAAGAAAAACAUUUUAGAUCUUUAGUUUAUAAACCAGAAAUGACUUCAUGAAGAAUUGGUGACUUUUGUGAUUUUAUGUAUUCAUAUUUGCUUAAAUUUUGUAUAUUAUUGUAUCACUUAUCUCCUUUUGUUGGGUUGAAGUCCUUCAAUCUCCAUAUUGUCAGAUUUAUAACAAGUUGACAAACUGCAUUUUUUUAUUGCCCACAAUAAAGUAUGUGUAUAUAUUUGUAGAA